ACCGGAGGUUAUCGGCUUUGGGAGGCAGCGGGAGGAGCGCGGCCAAGGCCUUGAAUGAUUACAUCAUGGAGGGCAGAAAGAUCCAGAAAUAUGAACUCGAUCGCUGCGUCAAAGAGCUCCGCAAGUACCGCCAGUUCCAGACUGCCCUCGAGAUAAUGGAAUGGAUGGAGUUUAGGAAGAUAAAUUAUUCGUUGCCUGACUAUGCGGUACGAUUGGAUCUCACGGCCAAAGCCAAAGGGAUAGAGGCGGCAGAGAGUUACUUCAGCAACCUACCGCAGUCUGCCAAGAACAAAUUGACUUAUGGGUCCCUUUUGAACUGUUAUUGCAAGGAAGUGAUGGAAGAAAAGGCUUUGGCGCUCUAUAAGAAGAUGGAUGAGUUGAACUAUGUUGACUCUGCUCUGGUUUUCAACAAUCUCAUGGCUCUGUAUAUGAGAAAGAAGCAGCCGGAGAAGGUGGCUCCUUUCGUAGAGGAAAUGAAGCGGAGGGAGAUACGUUUGGAUACUUUUAGUUAUAAUAUCUGGAUGCAGAGCUAUGCCUCUUUGAAUGAUAUGAAAGGCGUAGAGAGUGUUGUGGAAGAGAUGCAAAGCCAAGAUGAAGACGAAUGUGAUUGGUCAACAUAUAGUAACCUGGCUUCCAUCUAUGUAAAGGCGCAGCUUUAUGAGAAGGCUGAGGUAGCUCUUAAAUUGUCUGAGAAAGUGAUGAUGUCCGGGAAGCCACAGCGCCAGACGUACCAUUUCUUGAUUACACUCUAUGCCAACACUGGUAAUCUAGGUGAGGUCAAAAGAAUAUGGGAAUCCCUCAAGUUAGCUUUUCCGGAUACCAACAAUAUCAGCUAUCUUCUUGUGGUUCAAGCGCUAUGUAAGCUAAAAGAUGUGGAGGGUUUGAAAGAAUGCUUUGAGGAGUGGCAGUCUAAUUGCUCCAGUUAUGAUAUGAGGUUAGCAAACGUUGUUAUACGUGCUUAUCUGAGUCAGAACAUGUAUGAAGAAGCGCUGUUGAUCUUUAAGGAUGCUACUAAGAGGUGUAGAGGGCCUUUUUUCAAGGCUCGGGAAAUCUUCAUGGCCUACUUCUUGGAUAAUCGUCAGCCUGAUCUGGCCAUUAGCUAUUUGGAAGAAGCGAUUUUAGAAACCAAGGAUGACGAAUGGCGUCCAUCUCCAGAAACCAUUGCUGCAUUUCUGAAUUAUUUUGAGGAAACAAAAGAUAUUGAUAGUGCUGAGAACUUUUGCAAGAUUCUGAAGCGUCUAAAUUGUCUCAGUUCCAAUGAGUAUUGUUUGUUGCUUAAGGUUUAUGUAGCUGCUGGUGAAUUCCUUCCUGAGAUAUGUCAGAGAUUGAAGGAAGACAACAUUCAAAUAAGCCCCGAGCUCGAGGAAUUGGUAGAGAAGGUUUCCCCAAGCAGAUCAACAACAUAGUAGUCCCCUAGUUUAAACAGGUUUUGGCAUUUUGCAGUUCCUUUAACUUAUACUCAGAACCCGUAGUUUUCUGAACUCAAGAUUGUUAAAGGCUGGUUUUCAAAAUUAAAUCUCAAUCUAAUUUCAUAUGUGUGCUAAUAAUAAGCAUUCACUCGAAAUUGUCUUCACAAAUGUCUUUGGGAUCGAGGCCUUUCUAUAAGUCUCAGAUUGCGGUUUCAGGUAUCUGGUCUUUUGUUUUUGUAUUAUGACCGUGAUUGAUUGUGUAAUACUGUUUUGGCCGCAGUUCCUUGUGUUUUUCCUUUGUGGUUUAUUAAUGUAAGAUGUAACCACAUAUUAGAAAGUCAUCAAUGAUAAUGCCAUGAUGAUGGGUAAAUUUUGAUG